AUGCGUCCAAAACCAGGCUUAGCAUCCUCGAAUAAACACAGGCCUUUCCACGCAGCGGAAAUCAUGGACGCACUAAAGAAGCUCAAGAACAACAAAACAGAAGGCCCCGAUGGUAUCCCCGCAGAAUUACUACUGGUCGAUAUAAGUAGUAUUGCCAGGAUUCUUCAGCCCAUACUGCAAAAUAUAAAAUAUGCGGGAAGAGCAUGCAUAGACCACUCAAAUAUCCUGAGAUUAAUUGUGGAACAGUCGAUUAAAUGGAAAUCCCCACUAUACAUAACAUUCGUCGACUUUGAGAGAGCAUUCGACACAGUAAAGCGAGAGGCCAUAGGGAAAGAUACCGAAAUUAGAGUCCUCCAUAACGAUAAAUUGGGUGAACCACUACGCAACGAAACAGGUAUAAGACAGGGGUGUCCACUCUCUCCGCUACUAUUCAACAUAGCCCUAGACGAAAUAAUACUGGAGGAGCCGUCUGGAGGAUUCGUCAUAAAGAUGUUGAGCAAUUCAACUACAAUAAUAUCGACAACCGAAGGGGUUAAAGAAGACGUUGAAAAUUAUUCGGUAGAUUAUGGAGCAUAUGGAAGUCACACUUGUCCAGGAAUACAAAGCUGA